GUUGAAUACGCCACCGCUGCUGUAGUAGACCCACUACUACUGUGUAUGUGCCCCCUUCCAUCUCUUGAAUAGUCUCAGGUGUCUAACCUGACCGACCGUCAACUUGAUUCUUGGUCUCUCCUUCCUUGUAACUGUUAGUCGGCUCGAAUCGUGUGACGAGGGGCUCAAGCGUCUACCUACCUGUGCUUCUGUUUUGGGAUUAUCUAUUUAUUUCGCCCUUUGUUACCUAUUAUGCGUGGCUUUUGUCAACCCCCAUAGGUAUUAUACACCUGUUCCCAAUAAUAGUCUUGUGGUGCAAUGUGUUUUGUGAACAGUAAACUUAUUGUUAUGUUUAGUGUCUUCGUAAUGGCAUUGGAUUCUUAUUCUUCAGAUUCAUCUUGAGCAAACUGAAAAGAUGCCGGAAACAGCAACAAACCUAUCUGCAGAAGAUCGCCCAAUCUCACGUCGUGAAUUUUCUCUACCGUCUGGUGUUAAUAGUAGGUCUUCUUCUGCUACUCGCUAUGAGGGGCAGUUGUCCUACCACCAUCAAGUACCUCUCCAAUCAACUAUGAGCCACCACAGGGAAAGUUCAGCGUUUGUACCGGUUGUUCCUUCUCGGAGUAUGCAUCCUAUAUUAUAUCCUGGUGAGAUGCAUCCUUUACUGGGAUCUGAUCUGAUCCAGGAAAACAGAGAAAGGAACGAGGGAGCACCCAGUUCGGAGAAAAAUGUUUCCAGCAGUUUUUCGACGGUAAGGAAGUCUACCUCGACUUUUGAUCUAAUGGCCAUGAUGCAGGAUAAACGGAAGGAACUCCAUUUUCGCGAAGAAGCAGCCUGCGUGGCAGCGGCACAUGCUGCGGCUUUAAUGCUUCCUCAUCGUCCAGGACUACUGGAAGCGUCGGGAAGUUCGCAAAAUCAUUCUUUCUCCGGAUUUUUGCCUACUUCACCAGCCAACCCGUCCACAUUUACGUUUCCGGGGAGUGGGACUCUUUUUCCGCCUGGCCCUCCUCAGAUGCACGCCCAUUUAGACCGAAGGCUACUCAGAGCACCAGGACGGGCGUCAAGACCUAAGAAGCAGUUUAUUUGCAAAUACUGUAACAGACAGUUCACGAAAAGUUACAAUUUGUUGAUACAUGAACGAACCCAUACCGAUGAAAGGCCUUACUCAUGUGAUAUUUGUGGAAAAGCUUUCAGGAGACAAGACCAUUUGAGAGAUCACAGGUACAUCCACAGCAAAGAAAAACCAUUCAAAUGCGGGGAAUGCGGAAAAGGAUUUUGUCAGUCAAGGACCUUGGCAGUUCACAAAAUACUACACAUGGAGGAGUCGCCUCAUAAAUGUCCAGUGUGUAGCAGAUCUUUCAACCAGAGAUCUAACUUGAAAACCCACCUUCUUACUCAUACCGAUCACAAACCAUAUGAGUGUAACUCAUGCGGUAAAGUUUUCAGAAGAAAUUGUGAUUUACGCAGACAUGCAUUAACACAUGCUGUUGGCGACGUUCCUGCAGAUGGUUUAGGAGAGGAAUUUAUGGCUGGAGAUGAUGUAGAAAGGGAAAGGCUGUCUCCAAGACCAAGAAGUCCGUCAGUAGAUUCGAGAGACGACAGAGAUAUCAGAGUAUGCUCUCCCACACCAGAAAUAACACGAUGUCAUGAACCCUGUUCAUCCUCCAGUCCUUAUUCAAUGAGACCAUCUAUGGAUCGACACCUCGAUAUAGAUGAUGACGAUGAUUUGGAAGAAGAUCCGGAAAUUGAUCCAGGACAGGAAGAUUGUGCUGAUAUUAUAAACGAAAAUCCUGAAGCUGCUCCAGCACAACACAUUCAUGUCCCACAACUACAAAUAAGGCGAGAUCUACAUUCAACUUUGCAGCAGAAACCAAGUACAAUAACUGGAGAAACAAUGCAGUCAAGCUUUUUUGGUUCCUUCAGAAAACGUUCCUUUGAUCAAGAUCGACCCUCUUCGAUAUAUAGUUCUAUCAGGGCACAGACUCCUCCCAUGAAUUUGAGGAUGUACCAUUCAAGUUCACUUACUUCCCAAAAUCUUCGAAUGAAUCGAGAAAUGCAUCCUUCACCCGUUCUUAAACCACCUGAUUGUGAAUCGUCUAUGAUUUUCGGGUCAGUUAUGCAAAAUUCACCAAAAGUUAUUCAAGAACAAAAUAUUGCUAGUUGUAGCAACAUGGCAAGUGAUCUGAGCAUAAAGAAGAAUGAGGAUCCUUUGAUAAGGCCUCCGUCCCGACCACCGAAACCUCCAAAAAAGACUGGAUUCACUAUAGCAGAUAUAAUGGGGAGAUAAUACAUAUUUGGUCGUUUCUACAGUGGUUCUUUUCCCAGUGAUGAUAAAGUUUAUUUUUAUCAAAUGAAAGUAUUGUUGUUAUUGACAUUUUGGAGAAAUAGACUCUGAAAAACGUGUCAGAAGUAAUCCAUGAAAUGGCUUUCAGUACAAGUCCAAUUGAAUAUAGAAUUGAGAAUAUAUCAUAGGUAAUAACAUGACUCGAUAUAACAUUGUUUAAAACCAAUUUUAUGAAACUAAUUGAUGUAAAAUGUAUAAUUCUCUGAAAUAUUUAUAAGUAUGUAUGAUGUACUUUUAUGAAUGUUUCUGAAUUGAUUGCUAAAUGUAUUCCUCAGCUUCUGUCUACAGAAAAUUAUGAACGUGAUAUUUCACCAAUUGGUAAAAUGACUUUCAAAUUUGGUCAAAAACCUGUAAUAAUAAACUUUUACAAUAAACAACUAACUGAUUAUCGAACUUUCUUGGUAUUAGAAUAGUUUUUUUCUACAUUUUUUGUUCUCCUAUAAAAAAACAUUUUUACUUCCUCCAGCUUUUUGUUAUAGAAUUUCAACAUGGCCUGAAUCAAAAGUUUCGUAUAUAUUAUACCGAUAGUGAAUCUUUAAUAUCGAAGUUUCAAUGAGUGUCAGCAGAUUUUAUAUCUUUAGUUGGUAAAAAAAUGGAGUGAUUUAUUGCAUUUCAUGAAUUUAUAAGGGUGAGACUUCUGUACAUAAUUUAGUAUAUUAGUUGGAUAGUACACAUUACUACUUAUACCGUUCAUAUAUAUAUUUAUAAGAAUCUAUGUUUCCUAUCAGUACCUAGUGUAAAUAUUAGAAAAUUUUGUUUUGUGCAUUGUAUUGAAUAAAACAUAUCAUUUAUCUUUUUUGGUAUACGUGUGUCCAGUUUUAGUUUUUAUCAGUAGAUGAUGGUACAAAACUUGAAGUAUUUUUAUGUUUUUCGUAAUUUAUUCUUAGUAUUAAUUAAUGUAAGCAGAUUCAAUCAAAUUAAUGUUAUAGUGUUCCACUGUGCCGUACUAUAUUUAAAUUUUCUGAAGACUCAAAAUAAAUCAAACACUGUUCAGUUUUCAUUUGAUUUAUCUACAAAUUCAAUUUAAAGAAGAAUGGUUAAUUGCAAAUUGAAUCAUCAAUAAUUAACUGACAACUGUUGAGCAAUUGUUAUAUAAAAUAGGUAGUAUAUUAAUGUUGAGAAUUGGAUUUUAUUUGGUUGGUGAUUUUGAGGUCAUUAAAUCAUUCAAAAGUUUGGUACAGACUUUAAUGAGCUAGUCUCUUGAAAUACAAACUUUUUUAUCACCUUUAAUGGUUUUUAUAGAUUGUGUUAUACCAAGAAUGAUUCCGGAUGUCAAAAUCAUUUGAAAUACAUUUUUACGUGUUUUUGAGAACUGGACAGCUCAAAAUUAUUUCGUCUUCAGAAUAUUGCAUGACAAUUUCCGUCCAUUAUAAUUUUAGUGCUCAUUGACUUUUCAUGUUCUCAAAGUUUCAUUAUUUGAAGUACAUAAUGAAUUUUAUUGUUUUUUUGUAGUUUUUUAUUUGUUGUUUGAUCUCCUACUGAGAGUGAAAACCUUAUUUCACUGUGUAAUGUUGAUUUUGAUAUAGUUUGUUCUUGUGAUUUCAAAAUUGUAAUUAAUAAAUUUAUUGUAAUUGA